UGGACUCGCGCCCAUCGUCGCAGCGGUGCAGGGUCGUGUGUCGAGUGUCGUGUGCGGCGCGCUGGGCCUCCACGCCAAAAAGGUCGACUCGGAAGGCGGCCUGAGCGCGACUUCGUUGCUUUCCUACCACUGGUUCCCGUUCCCACUGUCCCUCUGCUCUGCCACCCAAUCACAUGAAGAGAGCAGGCAGUCCCUCUCUCCACCCUUCCUGUUCAUCUAGCAAUCACUCAAGGCCAAUCUCAGAAACCAGCGCCAGCGCCAGCGCCUCUGCUUCUGCGCCGCCAGACGACAUGGCCUGCUCACACCUCAGCGCGGCAUUCACGUCGCUCAAUCCACCACGCCCCUCGCAGCAGGUCCAUCGCGACGAGUGCACCCUCUGCUUCGACGACCAGGAUGGAGAGCUGGGUGUUGACGUCUGUCUCACAUGCUUCAAUGGCGCCUGUCCGCGCGAGCAUUCGCGGCUGCACUUCCAGAAGACGGGUCAUUCACUUGUGGCGAAUGUAAAGAGGAGAAGGAAAGCGAAGCCGCCAGUCACAGAAGAGGACAAGAAGCAACAGCCACAGAAGCUUGCGAUCGCAGCAGAGUCGGAGGAAGACAUGUAUGAGUGGGAGACGACGCCCAAGUGUCUGGCGUGCGAUGCAGAUGGACUGGGCAAGGUCUUGCCUAGGACGGACAAGCUUGAUCAAGUGAUCUCGGCAAUGAUGCGUUCCCUGUCCUCAUCGCAGCAAAACGAAGUCAAGGCUUGGGAGGAGGAGAUCGUACCUUGCAGUCACACCAGAGAGCUCCAGCAACAGGGCCAACCCUUCAAGCUCGAAGCCUCGGGCUUAGCCAAGUGUGCAAAGUGCGACCUCACCUCGAACCUCUGGCUCUGUCUGACCUGCGGCAACCUAGGCUGCGGGCGAGCUCAAUUUGGCGGUGUGGGCGGCAACUCGCAUGGUCUCUCCCACUUCGAGGAGUCUGGCCACCCGGUCAGCGUCAAACAGGGGACCAUCACGGCGGAAGGGACAGCUGACAUCUACUGCUAUGCGUGCAAUGAUGCGAGGAUUGAUCCGAAUCUGGCAGACCACCUCCAUCACUUUGGUAUCAACGUGAUGUCCCUCAGCAAGACGGAGAAGAGCAUGACAGAAUUACAGCUCGAGCAGAACAUGAAGUUUGACUUUACCAUGACUGGUGAAGACGGCAAGGAGCUGGAGCCCCUCUACGGACCGGGCUUGACGGGGCUGCGCAACCUAGGAAACAGCUGCUACAUGGCUUCGAUCCUGCAGUCCCUUUUCGCUUUCCCAGCGUUCAAGACAAGAUACGGCGACGCGUACCGACCGCACACGGCGGCCUGCGAAAAUCCGCUGCCGGCUACGUGCUUGGAGUGCCAGACGGGCAAGUUGGCGGAUGGGCUGCUCUCGGGGAGGUACGCUGUGCCGCGGGCAUUGGACGAAACCGAAGAGAAGGAAGGCGUCGAGGGGCCGCGCUUCCAGGCUGGCAUCCGCCCGUCGAUGUUCAAGGCUCUCAUCGGCAAGGGCCACGAGGAGUUCUCGACGAUGCGGCAGCAGGACGCAGACGAGUUCCUCAAGCACAUUGUUUCGGCGUUGCAGAGGGAGAGCAAGCGGUUGAGCAGCGGGGGCGCGGGAGCGACCUCCUCAGCAGCAGCAGCAGCAGCUAAUAACGGGGCAAAUCAUAGCGCUGGCGCACCUACGGGCGACCCGACGUCCAUCUUCAGCUUUGGUCUUCAACAGCGCUUGCAGUGCACCGAGUGCAAGCGGGUGAGGUAUACAGUCGAGGCGCAAGAUGCUGGUCUGAGCCUGCCCGUACCGCUGAGGCGGAAGCAGACCACAAGCGACGCCGUCUCAUUCAGCAGCAAGGCUAAACAACCCGUUGAAGGGGUCCACGCCGUCCCCUCCACCACAAGUAGCAGCGCUGCUGCACUUGACGACGGCCCUGUGGAAUACGAGCCUGUUCCCCUCUCUGAGUGCCUCGACAUCUUCACUGCCCCGGAGACCCUCUCAGACUAUCACUGCCCGCAAUGCGACCGCAAGACGGCGGCCGUCAAGCAGACCCUCUUCACUUCCUUCCCCGACGUCCUCGCCGUGCAAGUACGGCGCUUCCAGCUCGUCAACUGGGUUCCGCAAAAGGUCGACGUGCCCGUUCUGGUUCCGCUGGAGGAGGACUUUGAUCUUGACCGAUACUUGGGGAAGGGCAGGCAGGCUGGGGAGGAAGAAAUGCCUGACACCCGAGCGGAACAGUCUGGAGGUGGAGCUGCGGCAGGCCUGCCAGAAUUUGACGCGGCAGCCAUGUCUCAACUGACAUCCAUGGGCUUCCACGAAGUACGAGCGCAAAAGGCGUUGCUCGCUACGGGUAACACAGGGGAUGCAGAGGCCGCUAUGAACUGGCUGUUCGCGCACAUGGAGGAUACAGACAUCGACGAUCCGAUCCAGCCCGCUGGCGCGGCCGCACCAGCAGGGGCAGCAUCGGGUGCGCCGGACACCUCCAUGCUGGAGGAAAUGGGUUUCUCCUCAGCUCAAGCGCGCAAGGCUCUGCGUGUGAAUGGUGGAAAUGCAGAGAUGGCCGUGGCGUGGCUCUUCGAGAAUCCAGACGACCCAGGAGAGGAGGAAGGAGCAGCCGUAGCAGCGAACGAUAAUGCAGGCGAGUCAUCAAGCGGGGCAAAUGGCUCCGGCCCAUCAGUGGUGGGCGGCUCCUCGCAGCUGCCCGCAACGUACCGCCUCAAAUCCUUCGUUUCGCACAAAGGCCCCUCUGUCCACUCGGGGCACUACGUUGCCCACAUCCGCACUCCGGAAUCCCUCUUCCGUCCUAAAGGUGUCAACGCUGAGGGCCAGGUGAAGCAAGAGGGGGAGGAGGAGAAGGAGGCCUGGGUCUUCUUCAACGACGAGAAGGUAGUCAAGGCGCCACUGAGUGCGAUGAAGGAGGAAAAGGAGGGAGAAAGCGGCGAGGGAGCAGGAGAGAAGAAGGAUGUGGGAGUCAAGGGGCUGGUCCAACUGGCGUACGUGUACUUCUUUGAGCGUCAGGGUGGAGCGCCAGCUGAGGACGUCACAAUGUCGUAGCGAAGCCGGGUUCGGGAGCAUCAGGAGGCCCAAUGAAUUCGAAGCAAAAAUUGUCCGCCUGUUUCACAGAGCGAUUGAUGUGAGUGUUGCAAGAGCCAGCGUGUAUCGAAGUGAUUUGGAGCAAGGCGACCUGCGCCCGGAUGCAAUUCGUUAGGCUUUUCCCCUCU